AUGGAAAUGGCAAAUGUAAACUCUUGGAAGAAGAACAUGGGGAGACGGAAGAUCGAAAUAAGAAAAAUUAAGAAGAAAAGCUCCUUAGAGGUCACCUUCUCCAAGCGUCGAACUGGUUUUUUCAAAAAGGUUGACAAGCUCUACGUUCUGUGCGGUGCUAAGGUCACCGUCAUUGUCUUCUCUCCAGGUGGGAGGGCCUUCGUCUUUGGUUACCCCAUCGCGAAUGUUGUCGUUGAUCGCUUCCUCAAGUGUGACACCGACACCAGCUCACGUGCAAUUGGGUAUGCAACACAUCGUUAUCUUCUUUAA